GAUAGCAUUGCGCGGAACGAUUCUUAGAUACUUUGAUCCCGAAUCUCUCUUGUUCCGCGACUUUUUGUUGACGAUUUUUUGAGAGUUUCGACUAGGCACAUGUUCCAAUCUCACUAACGGCACCAUUGCGUCAUGAUCUGAGAUGGACUUCCACCGACCUAAGCAGGCCUAAACUCCCCCAACACACAAUGGAUGAAGAAUACGAUGUUAUUGUGCUCGGUACUGGCCUUACUGAGUGUAUCCUCAGUGGUUUGCUGAGUAUUGACGGGAAAAAAGUGCUUCACAUUGAUAGAAAUGACUAUUACGGAGCUGAUUCCGCCAGUUUAAACCUGUCACAGCUAUUUGCUAUGUUCCGGGAGGGCGAAAAGCCUCCAGAGAGUUUGGGUCGGGACCGCGACUGGUGUGUAGAUCUUGUCCCUAAAUUCCUUAUGGCCAACGGUGACUUGACCAACAUUCUCGUCUACACAGACGUUACUCGCUACAUUGAGUUCAAGCAAAUUGCUGGCAGCUACGUUUACCGUGACGGCCGCAUUGCUAAGGUGCCCAGCAAUGAAAUGGAGGCCUUAAAGAGUCCUUUGAUGAGCUUGUUUGAGAAACGCCGUGCCAAGCGAUUCUUGCAAUGGGUUGCCAACUAUCGCGAUGAUGAUCCUAGCACACAGAAAGACAUCAACCUUGACCGUGAUUCGAUGGAGACCGUGUACACGAAGUUCGGUUUGCAGUCCGGAACUCAAGACUUCAUUGGUCAUGCUAUGGCUCUUCAUCUUGACGAUAGUUACAUCAAGAAGCCCGCUCGCGAGACCCGGGAUCGUAUCAUGUUGUAUGCUUCUUCCAUGGCCAAGUUUGGCAAGUCCCCGUAUAUCUAUCCUUUGUACGGGUUGGGUGAGCUUCCCCAGGGCUUUGCACGUUUGAGUGCUAUUUACGGUGGUACUUACAUGCUCAACCAACCCAUUGAUGAAAUUGUCUACGAUGACAAUGGUGUUGCCAUUGGUGUUCGCAGCGGAGAACAGGUUGCCAAGGCCAAGCAAAUUCUUGGCGACCCCUCUUAUUUCCGUGAAAAGGUUCGCUGCAUUGGACGUUUGGUUAGAGCUAUUUGCAUUUUGGAUCAUCCCAUUCCAAACACCGAUAACCUUGACUCCGUUCAAAUUAUCAUUCCUCAGAAGCAAGUUAAGCGUAAGCAUGAUAUCUACAUUGCGGGUAUCUCUUCCGUUCACAACAUUUGCCCUAAGGGAUACUACUUGGCAAUUAUUUCGACGAUCGCCGAGACUGCCAAUCCUCUUGCAGAGAUUGCACCUGGCUUAAAGCUUUUGGGACCCGUUUUAGAGUCAUUUUCUCGAGUUCAAGAAUUGUAUGAACCUAUGGCUGAUGGAACAAAGGAUCAAUGCUACAUUUCCAAGAGUGUGGAUGCCACCUCUCACUUUGAAACUUUGACAUUGGACGUUCGUGAUUUAUACAAAAGAAUGACGGGACACGAUCUUGUUUUGAAGCAACGCCCCAAGCAAGAAAACAUGUGAUGAAUUAUGUCUUUUUUAACGUGUUUGAGUCGGGGAUGAAAGAUCGCUUUCGUUUUUGUUUCAUGAUGCCACCGCAUGGUUACAUUAAUAAGCUGAGAAUUAUGAGACUCUUGUAAGAGGUCGUUUGUAUCUGCGAUUUUCGCUUUAUUCCGUGACUGGCAAUAAAUCGCCUUCCCGUCACCUCGUUUACGACAUGUAUACAAAACUGCUUGCAGUGAUAGACUACAAAUUCAAUGUACAAUGGUUGGAGGCUUAUCGUACAUCUAUUAAUUCGUAUGAAAGAAUGCUAGACAGUACUCAACCACAACGGGUUGGGAGUAAUAGUGUCCAUAGACUAAAUGAUUAUUAUAUAUACAUACUUGUCUUGAGCAUGGUUAACGAACGAAUUGACACGCACUGAUGCAGAGCUCCAUACCAUACUAGCUGAAAGGCGAAUUGGUGCUUCUGUCCAUUUUCUAACUAACCUCUAUACGACAUAACAAAACAAAAC